AUGGACAUCGCAGCUGAAACUGGCGGCGGAGAGCAGCCGAAGAAGGCGGCGCGUCGGUCGAGGAAGGGUUGCAUGCGCGGAAAGGGCGGCCCGGACAACGCCCUCUGCACCUACCGCGGCGUCCGGCAGCGGACGUGGGGCCGCUGGGUGGCCGAGAUCCGUGAGCCCAAACGCGGCUCCCGCGUCUGGCUGGGCACCUUCAACACCUCCCUCGAGGCCGCGCGUGCGUACGACGACGCCGCUCGCCGCCUCUACGGCGACGCAGCCAAGCUCAACCUCCCAGAAGAGGGUGGCGCCCACGAGGUGCCGGUGGCGGAGGAUGCUCCUCCGGCGGCCGAAUCCGCCGCCGCCGGAGAAGGCGUUUGCGGCGAAUGGCUGCCGGAAUACUUUGAGGAGGGUUUUGGGGAGGCGAGCAGCCUGUGGGAGGUGCCGGCGGCGCCGACGCUGCUGGACGAGAAGCAGGGGUGGAGCUGGCCGGAAUAUGAGCCGGAUUCCAUGGAUGACCACCAAGUUCCGCCGGCGUGCUAG